AUGAUCAGAAUCCCAAGAUCGCGAUAUUCCCUAGCGAUUAUCACUGGUUUGAUAUUUCUAAUCAUUCUAUUAAGAUCCGAUGGCCUGGCGGGUCCUCUGAGACGUGUUGUCCCCAAUAGUGUCAGAUUGCAACGAGAUCUUGAACGAACCAAAGACUGGAAAGAGACUGGACUAAAUUUCCAGAGUAUUAAGGAAUCUCGAGACCCGGUAUUAUCGAAGGUGAAGUCUCAGUUGGCGGCAGAGUUUCCUUAUGCCCCAGAGAAGGGAUUUGCAAAGAACGUUUGGCAGACUUGGAAAGUAGGUCUCGAUGAUGGAAGUUUUCCCCACGCAUAUAUGUCAUUCCAGGAAAGUUGGGAUGAGAUCAACCCGGGAUAUAAGCAUCAUGUGAUAUCUGACCCUCAGUGUGAUGUCAUGGUGAAACGUCUAUUCAAAAACAUACCUGAUGUUGUUGAGGCCUGGAAUUCGAUGCCAAAGAGCAUUCUCAAAGCUGACUUCUUUAGAUACCUCAUCCUAUAUGCCAAGGGCGGUGUUUACUCAGAUAUUGAUACUGUUUCCUUGAAACCCAUUUCACUGUGGCUCUCAGCUCAAAGUAGUAUCUACAAGAAACCUAAUACAGCUGGCCUAGUGGUGGGCAUAGAGGCUGACCCAGACAGACCAGACUGGGCUGAGUGGUACGCCAGAAGAAUUCAGUUCUGUCAAUGGACCAUCCAGGCGAAGAAGGGACAUCCCAUGUUACGUGACUUGAUUGCCAAAAUCGCUGAAAUUACACUCGAUCGUAAACGCAAAGGUGAACUCACAAAAGUGUUGGGUAAAGAUGGGGGUGGUGAUAUCAUGAACUGGACCGGUCCAGGAAUCUUUACGGAUAUGGUUUUCGAAUACUUGAACGGUCCAUUUGGUGGCUCUGCUAUCGUUAAGGGCAAGACCGCCCAGCCUGUUUCAUGGGAGAUUUUCACCGGUAUGCGUGUUCCAAUCUUGAUUGACGACGUUCUAGUAUUGCCGAUAACCUCAUUCUCUCCUAAUGUGGGUCAAAUGGGAGCAGGCGAUAUCAACGAUGAAUGGGCCUAUGUUCAUCAUAUGUUUUCAGGCUCAUGGAAGGGCUAA